AUGGAGAUUCUACCAUCUUCGAAAAUUUCUAAAAAUAUUCUUGCAAUAUUGUCUCUUGUUUUGCUUUUCAAUAUUCCCACUCAAGCACAAGGGUAUCUUCUUCCCAAGCUGAAGUUGGCACAAUAUAACAUAUCUACUUUACAGAUUGAAGAAGCAACUACAACUAAACCAUAUGACUCAAUAUUGAAAUUUCUAAACUCUUCAAAAUUUCCAAAUCGAGAAUCAUUUCCACGUGGAUUUUUGUUUGGUACUGGAUCAUCUGCCCUUCAGAUUGAAGGAGGAGGUCAUGAAGGAGGAAGAGGACUUGGAAUAUGGGAUGAUAUAGUUCAACAAAAUAAAGACGUUGAAAAAUUUCCAUCAAAAAUUGAACAUUACAAGCGAUAUAAGGAGGAUGUCCAACAUUUAAAAAGACUUGGAAUAAAUUCUUACAGAAUGUCCAUUUCUUGGAGUAGAGUGAUGCCAGAUGGAACUUUGAAAGGAGGUAUAAAUCAAGAAGGCGUCAACUUUUACAACAACUUGAUUGAUGAAUUACUCAAAAAUGGUAUUGAACCUUUUGUGGGUAUCAUGCACUUUGACUAUCCAUUAGCUCUUAAACAAAAAUACGGUGGCUUCUUAAAUCAAUCUAUUGUGAAAUAUUACAAGAACUACAGUGAGCUCUUAUUCAAAACAUAUGGAGAUCGAGUAAAGCAUUGGAUUACAAUCAAUGAGGCGGAAGUCACAUCUAUAUUUCAAUUCAUGCUCAAUACUGAUAAUAUAUCAACUGAUGAGGCAUGCAAAAAUACUAAAAUAUGUACUCAGACAUAUACUUUACUUCAUAACUUUCUUCUUGCUCAUGCUACAGCAUCAAAGUUAUACAAAACAAAAUUCCAAGCACAACAAGGGGGAGAAAUUGGACUAGCUCUUUCAUCAGGAAGAUAUGUUCCCUAUAGUUCAAAAUUAGAGGAUGUUGUUGCUGCUCAAAGAUUAAUGGAUUUCUAUUGGGGAUGGAUUUUAGACCCAAUAGUCUAUGGAGAUUAUCCAACAAUAAUGAAAGAGAUUGUGGGGAAUAGACUACCAAAAUUCACUAAAAAGGAGAAACACAUGUUAAAAGGGAGCACAGACUUUAUUGGAAUCAAUUAUUACACAUCUCGUUUUGCUAGACAUGAAACAAAUAGAACCAAAAUUAUGUAUGACAAUUUUGAUGCACUAGCAGUUUCAGAAGCUUCUAAUGUAGAAGGAAAGAUUCUUGGCUACAAGGAUGAAUAUGGUUGGAACAAUGUCUAUCCCGAAGGAUUAUAUAAUUUUUUAGUCUACAUUAAGAAAAAGUAUAAAAAUCCAAAAAUGUACAUUACUGAAAAUGGUAUUGCUUCUUCAAAAAUCCCAAAUCCAUUGAAGGACGAACACCGAAUUGCUUACGUUGCUGCACAUUUAAAUGCUACCAAGGCAGCAAUUGAUGAUGGCGUAAAUGUUCAAGGUUACUUUUUAUGGGCAGCAUUUGAUACAUUUGAAUUUCAGUCGGGUUAUUCUGGAAAUUGGGGUCUUUAUCAUAUUGAUUUUAAUAAUACUCUCAAGCGUAUACCAACCGAUGCAGCUAAAUGGUACAAAGAAUAUCUCACGAAUGAUUUGAGACACUAA